ACUAAAGACUGGGCGGCAACUAGCGUGGAUAAUUACAUUUAAGCGAAAACGUGAACAUGAUUGUGCGUCACUCAGAAGACGUUGCUGUAGCAACCCUCCCGAACAUCGAGAUGAAAGGGCUGACCGAUGUAGAAGACGGUAUGGGAUUCAGCGCAUAUCAAGUUGUUGCUGAAGAAGGAGAGACCUUAAAACUGAGAUCAUCUGACAGCGGCGAUUUAGACCACAUAUACUACUGCAUCUCUGGUACUGGCGAUGUAAAGGCCUCCAACGGACGUCAUUAUAAGCUGAAACCAGAUUGUGUUGUUGCCUUCUCUUCUAGCGUUUCAGCCGAACUGAUUGUUGAGACACGAAUCCGGCUGUAUGUCUUGUAUUGUGAUGAUAUUAACCCAUCUAGCGAACGCUCUGUAGUAAAAUCACUUGACGAGAUAGUGGGAACAGAGAGAGACGUGGAUUUCAAACGAGGUCACAGUCGACGUUUUUUGCUGAAAGUUGACGGAUUUGCCAUCACAAUAACAAGCACUGCCGUGAUGUUUACUGGAGACGAUCCAACUAAACUGGAGUAUCGUAACCAUGCUGAGUCUGCCUACUAUAUCAGUGGGAAAGUCUCGUAUUCUUGGAACGAGGGGGCAAAUAAAAUAGAAGCUCGUAUCACUCCAGAUGAUGGUACCGUCUACAACAUGAAUGCGCACGAUAAACACAUGGUUAGCGUUCAUGAAGACUGCAUCGCACUGUGUGUGUUCUACCCUGCUUUGCGAGGCAAUGAGAACCACACAUAUGACGGCGGAUACUCAUGUUAUGAUGCUUGAUCGUGUUUCAGUAAAAUAUAUUUAUGUA